UCCUCGUCCAGUGAUGAACACUCGGAAUUACUCUUUCCACCCGGUGCCGUAAAGCGCUAUGCACACACAGAAGCGGGAAGCUAUUUCGGAUACUCGGUGGCAUCCUAUGUGGGACAAGCUCAGUCGUUCUGUCUUGUCGGCGCACCCCGAGCCCGAAUGGAAGGGGGCUUCAGUGAUCUGUCCCUGUCUGCGUGGAAUCAACAUAGAGAAGACUCCACCGGUUUGGUCUACCGACUCGAUUUGGAUCAAACUUUGCCCUAUUGCUCACUGGUACCUAUUGCGACCACAGAUGAGGCGAGAAAAGAGCACGGAACACCAACACCUGGAAUGGUUAAAACAAAAUGGGAUAUAUGGCUACGUUUUAAGCGUGAGACGAUCAUACGUCGUGCUUCAUGACUUAAGACACAUCUGGAAGUGUAUGCUUAGUUCCCAUUGA